AUCAACGGGACCGCUCUCCAGAGCUCCGGGUUUUGCGCAUGUGUCUUACUGCUGACUGAAUUCUAUCGGCCGCAGCCGGCUCCCCCGUACUCCCUUCUGCGCAUGCGCAGGAAUCUCAAUGACAGUCAAGCCUUGACUAAGGCUCUAGUGGGAAAAGGGUGUGGCCAUGUGGUUUAUGACCUGGGGGAUCAGGGGGGUCAGGGUCCGAGUAUGGCCCCUGUUGCCCACGCUCCUCGGGACCCCACGAAGCUUGUCUUCUCUGGCGGACAAGAUGGGGGUGUACCGCAAGAUGUGGAACCCCACGGAGCCCCGCGACUGGGCCCAACAGUACCGCGAGCGCUUCAUUCCCUUCUCCAAGGAGCAGCUACUCCGACUCCUGACACAGGAAUUCCACUCCAGCCCAGCAGAGAAAGCGGCGUUGGAGGAAUUUGCCGCACAUGUGGACUUCUGCACCAUGUUCCAUUACCACCAGAUCCUGGCCCGGCUGCAGGCCUUAUAUGACCCCAUCAAUCCUGACAGAGAGACCAUGGACCAGCCAUCCCUCACAAGCCCCCAGCGGCUGGCCAAUGAGCAGGAGGUACUGCGGGCGAUGGAGCCCCUGCUGGCCCAGGCCAACUUCUCCCCGCUGUCCGAGGAUGCCCUGGCCUAUGCGCUGGUGGUCCACCACCCUCAGGAUGAGGUCCAGGUGACAAUCAAUUUGGAUCAGUACAUCUACAUGCAGUUCUGGGCCCUGGGCCAGCGAGUCGGGCUGUUGCCCCUGCUCUCCAGUGUGGGCUCCAAGCGUGGCUUCUUCACCAAGUUGCCUCCUACAGAGAGGCGGUACUUCAAGCGCGUGGUGCUGGCCGCCCGCACGCGGCGGGGGCACCUGGUCCUCAAGAGCUUCAAGGACACCCCCCUGGAGGGCCUGGAGCAGCUGCUGCCCGAGCUCAAGGUGCGCACGCCCACCAUGCAGCGCGCGCUGCUCAACCUCACACUGCUGGUGUCCGGCCUGGUCUUCUUCGUCAACGUGGGCAUGGUGGUGCUGACCGACCUCAAGAUGGCCACCUCCCUGCUGCUGCUGUUCUUUGCCAUCUUCAUGGGCCUGAGGGCCUCCAAGAUGUUCGGGCAGCAGCGCAGCGCGCAGGCGCUAGAGCUGGCGCACAUGCUGUACUUCCGGAGCACGUCCAACAACUCGGAGCUGCUCAGCGCGCUGGCGCUGCGUGCGCAGGACGAGCAUGCCAAGGAGGCACUGCUGGCGCGCAGCUUCCUGGCCCGGCGGCCCGGGGGCGCUCACGGCUCCCCCGAAGAGACCUCCCGGUGGCUGCAGUCGGAGGUGGAGAGCUGGCUCCUGGCCCAGUCGGGCUGCGAUGUGGCCUUCAAUGGAAGUCGAGCCCUGGCCCACCUGCAGGCCCUGACUCCCAGCAUCGGGCGGUACCCUCCCCCGGAUUUCCCCAAGCUGGACCCCUCGGUUCCAGCCCCUUCCGAGUCCCCCCCUGGCCAUUCCCAGCAGUAGCCACCCCUGACCUGCCCGGAUCCAGGCCUUCGGGGCCGGGAACCAAGCCCCGCCUUCACCACGACAAGCUGUCAAUCACAGCUACUACUGUACUGCGUCACUUUUCGACUCCCAUUACCGACUGGCAAUUAUUUUUGCUACUCUGUCUACUGCAACAGCCAAUCAAGGCAGUUGCUAGGCAACCCUUCUCCAGGAGCAGCCAAUCGGCACGCCCUAGCUUGGCUUUUGUGUGAUUCCUUAGUCCCACCCCCACGGUAAACAUCCAAACUGUAGUCAGGCUGGGGAAAGGAGGGGGUCGGCUGCUCGCAGCUGCUCCCAGCUGCUCAGCUCUGACAAAACACUAGGCCGAGCUGUCUGUGACCGCUAUUCCCUCUCCAGGCCAUUUAUCAGUCGCCAUCUUUUUGGCCGGCUCCGGGCAAGAUGUUCUAAUGCCCCUGGGCGGGGCUUAGCCGGCAGCCAAGGAGAAGCUCCACGAAAGCUGUCCAUCGAGUGCCCCUAGGCGGGGCCUAGCCAGCAGCCAAUGAGAACCGUCUGGCGCCUGACUUGGAGCCAGCGACAGUUGCCGGGCAGCCAGUUGUCUCUGUAGAUAAACGAGUCAGACUUUCCAAAGGAAGCUGAUCUCCCUGUUACCCAGCUGCAGACUGACUGAUGGGCCAGCUGGUUAACUGCUGUUGGGUGUAGGGGGCGGUGUCCCUGCUGAAGGGGCUGGGAGCCCUGAGCCUGGCAGAGCUCUGGCCUGGAGAAACCAGAGACGACCCUUACUCCAAACUGAGGCAGCUCAGGGUCACAGUAACCUCAAGGUGCCUUCCCGGCCUGGAUAUCACAUCCUUGCUACGGAAUCUACCUCGGUCUGGAUCUCCCCACCAAUCAGUGCCCUUGUGCAAUUUUUCUUGGUCUAUCCAUUUCUUCCCAGUAUCCUUCCUAAGGAAUAAAUCGUGUUUCAU